CGACUCGCCUCUCACCUUUUCGCCAUAAAAGAAUUCCUGUUUUUUAAUCGAGAGAAAAGAAAAGCCGAAACGAUGUCGUCUGGGAAGAAGAUAACUCUGAAGAGCAGCGACGGAGAGCCGUUUGAGGUGGAUGAAGUGGUGGCGUUGGAGUCGCAAACGAUUAAGCAUAUGAUUGAAGACGACUGCGCCGGCUCUGGUAUUCCGUUACCUAACGUCAACAGCAAGAUCUUGGCGAAGGUGAUCGAGUACUGCAAGAAGCACGUUGAAACCCCUAAAUCUGAGGGUAGUAAUAAUACUAGUGCUGAUGAUGAUGUCAAGGCUUGGGAUGCUGAUUUUGUCAAAGUUGAUCAGGCUACUCUCUUUGAUCUUAUUCUGGCUGCGAACUAUCUGAACAUAAAGGGACUACUGGACUUGACAUGCCAGACUGUAGCAGACAUGAUCAAAGGAAAGACUCCUGAGGAGAUCCGGAAAACAUUCAACAUCAAGAAUGACUUCACCCCUGAGGAGGAGGAAGAGGUUCGUCGUGAGAACCAGUGGGCAUUUGAAUGAACUACUUGAAGAUGGAGUGAUGGGGCUGAUUAGUGAAUCUUUCUUUUGGUUAAUGUAGAUGCAACAUUAGACUUGAGCCUCGGUUUUAAUUAUUACUUAUUUCUGACUUAUUUUGCGCUUAUGAUGUAAAUAAUACCUUGGUUUUGUGGUUAAUCGUUUUAUCUUAAUUUAUGUCAUUUGCAUCA